GCAGAUUAUUGGCUGUCAAAAUCGAUUAUCCUUCGACGAAGUUUAUAAGUUACAAUCAGUUACAAUUGUUAAUUAACAAAAUAAUAGAAAGAAUAUGACGUAUAUUGUUUUCGUCAAUGAUACCCCUGUAAGAUCUCCACGCAGCACGUGUUACAACCGUGUUGCACCUGCCGCAGCAACCAAUGUUUUGCUAUUACUGCGUGGAGUUACUCAAGGUCUUUUCGUAGUAAAUGUCAGUCUCUUACGAGAAAUAUUAGACUCGGUAAUAAAAAAGAUCAUAAGGAAAUGAUCUUUGCACAAGUAUGCGAAGUUAAAAUGAGUGUAUAAUUAUGCUAAAUGUGCAUAAAAAAGUAAUGAAUGGUUUUUUCUAUACAUGCUUUAUAAACUUUAAUACGAUUUGUCUAGAAGAGCAAUGUUGGAAACACGCUCUGCAGUUUAUAAAAUGAUGAAAGAAGUAGCUCAUGAUGAGAGGCAGAUAAUAGAGUGGCCGCCACCGUUUUCAUCCGAGAUCACUCCGUACACCGAAAACAAUUUCGGCGGCUUGAUUAGACGAACCUGCGAGAACAAGAGCUUAACACUUGGAAUUUCCAAGGUGAUUGUCAUCGGUGACGUUGCCGUCGGCAAAACAUCGUUGGUAAAUCGCUUUUGUCAUAAAUUCUUCAACAAUAAUUACAAAGCUACCAUUGGCGUGGACUUCGAAGUGGAAAGAUUCGACAUUCUUGGCGUGCCUUUCCAUUUGCAAAUAUGGGAUACUGCGGGACAGGAAAGAUUCAAGUGCAUAGCAGCGUCUUAUUAUCGCGGCGCUAAUGUGAUCAUGGUUGUUUUUGAUUUGGGAAAUUUAAUGUCGCUAGCACACUGCCAACAAUGGUUAAACGAGGCACGUCUGAGCAACAUUGGUCAUUAUCAUAUUUUUCUAGUCGGCACUAAAAAGGAUUUAUUGUCUCAUUCGGUAUACGAAAUAAUUGAAAAACGAGCGGCGGAAAUGGCGAAGAAAAUGCGAGCGGAAUAUUGGGCAGUCUCGUCAAGAACGGGUAAUGGGGUGUUCGAAUUAUUUACGCGCGUUGCCGCACUCUCUUUUCACGCGAUGGCAUUGCGCGAGAUGCAAAGCCUGAAACUCGAGCCGAUUAACAUUGGUUCUAUGAUAACGCUGAAACCAAAAGAAACCGAGAAGAAGGUACAGAGAGUGCCGAAAUGCUACAAAUGCCCGACGUAAUGAGUAUAUUUAUAAUAAAUAUUAAAUAAGAUUAAGAUAACAAGUUAGUAAAUAAAGAUAAAAAAUUAU